AAGUCAUACCUUUCUGUCAUCGCUGCCUUAUCACUCAACGAUCAAUGAUCUGAUUUCCAUAUGCCGUCUCUAAAGUUCAAUGACGGCUUGUUGAGACAUUGGCGCAUUUCUUCAGAGCACAUUCACUAAACCGAAAUGAUGACAGAGGGCGAAGUGGUGAUGCCUCCUUCGACAGGAGCAGCCGCCCACAGAGGCCGACGGAAGCGAGGAAAGCGAGAUGUCUUCCAAGGAACGGCCAGCUGGAUGAGCAGUGUCAUCAAUUUAGUCAAUACAAUUGUCGGUGCCGGUGUACUCGCUAUGCCUCUCGCGAUGGCACACAUGGGAAUAACAUUAGGCGUCAUCGUCGUCAUAUGGUCAGGAGUCGCAGCUGGAUUUGGCCUCUAUCUACAAGCCAGAUGCGCACAAUAUCUAGAUCGAGGAUCCGCAUCCUUUUUCGCUCUUUCGCAACUUACAUAUCCUAAUGCCUCCGUGAUAUUUGACGCCGCGAUCGCGAUAAAAUGUUUUGGAGUCGGCGUGAGCUAUUUAAUCAUUAUUGGAGAUCUUAUGCCUGGAGUCGUGCAGGGGUUCAUUGGGAAUACGGCGACUAGCGACUUUUUGCUAGAUCGUCAUUUUUGGAUAACGGCUUUUAUGCUUAUCGUUAUCCCCCUUUCUUUCCUUCGUCGGCUCGAUUCAUUGAAAUAUACUAGCAUUGUCGCCUUAAUCUCUAUUGGAUACCUUGUUAUACUGGUCGUAUAUCAUUUCACAAAAGGGGACACAAUGGCUGACCGGGGUCCGAUUCGUAUUAUUCAUUGGGCAGGAAUUGCGCCUGCUCUGAGCAGUUUCCCGGUCAUCGUGUUUGCUUAUACGUGCCAUCAGAAUAUGUUUUCAAUUUUGAACGAAAUCCGUGAUAAUGGCCAUUUCCAGACCACGAGCGUUGUCUUUGCAAGCAUCGGCGGUGCCGCUUCGAUAUAUAUCCUCGUAGCCAUUACGGGCUACCUAUCAUUCGGAAACAACAUAGGCGGAAACAUUGUCGGCAUGUAUCCUGCAUCAGUAUCCGCUACUAUCGGCCGAGCCGCAAUCGUCGUUCUCGUCAUGUUCUCGUACCCGCUUCAAGUACACCCUUGUCGAGCAUCGGUGGAUGCCGUACUGAAAUGGCGACCAGCGCGAGUAAGCAACGGCCACGACGUUUCACCUCAUAGAUUCCCUCUUUUACCUAGGGCAAACCGCGGUCCUGAGCCUAUGAGCGACCUUCGCUUUGCAUCCAUUACUUCAGCUAUUAUUGUGCUGAGUUUCAUCACAGCUAUGACUGUGACUUCACUUGAAGCCGUGCUUGCCUACGUCGGUAGUACAGGAAGCACCAGCAUCAGCUUCAUCCUCCCGGGUCUUUUCUACUACAAAAUAUCCUCCCCGGAUUCAACAGCCCAUCAACAACUAAUGAAAGAAGAUGAUGAGGCAAACGACGACGUCGUUUCCGAUGGCGAGGUCUCCGGAGACGAGCAGCAACAAAACAGUCUAUUGUUAAGUGGAAGUGGCAUACUCUCGUCAAGCGGCAUUCUACCCGGAAGUCGAUUGAAAAAGACCCUGCUACGACGACUCAGUCUUGCGCUUUCCGUAUAUGGAAUUGUGGUCAUGGUGGUCUGUCUCAGCAUGAACAUAUUCUUCCAUGCAUCUAAAUAAAGCCGACUCUUUCUGUUUCUGAUAAAGUGAUAUAAAUUGUGCCAUACGGCGAGUUCAUACAUUGGGACAUAACAUAGCUUUUGGCCAUUGUAAGUUAGGUGUCUAUGAGCGUUUAGCUUUCUUUUGCUCCUUUCUUUGCUGUUUUGCUCUUUUCCUGAUGAAUUAAACGAACUUCGACCAUACCAGCCCCUUCUCUUUUUGUUUUCUUUCUUGGAAAAAGGGGGCGCUUCAAUGUACAUAAUCAAGCCAGUAUUUCAUUUAACAUAUUGCUAAGAAUUUACUUGACUGACUUGUAUGG